GCCAGUGGCGCGCCCGCGUUCUUGUAGCCGGCACCUUCAGACCAGAGACACACACAUUCCAGGCAUCCCCUGCCACACGUCACCCCGCGACACAGGUGGGACCACCUUCCAGUCCUGAGCCCCUGGCGCGGGGCCACCCAGGGCUAAGCAGUAGGACGCAGCAGGUCUGGGAACCAGGCGCUUGGUUUGGGCGGCACCUGCGGAGGGCCGUGCAACUUCUUCAGGCCUCCUGCCACUUUGGAAACUGCCUGGGACUGCAACCUCUUCAACCCCGAGGGCCCAGAGAGGGUGGGUUGGUUUGAAAGACAAAAGGAAAAAAAAAAAAAAAAAAGAUGUGUUGUGGGGCGGGCUAAGUUUCCCACCCUCUUCCCCCUUCCCGAGCAAAUUACAAACAAAACAAAUAGAAAAGCCAGCCGGGCAGCCAACCAAAGCCCCAAGAGGAGCCCCAGCCGAAACACUCGCUCCUUUAAAAGGAUUUGCAGCGGUGAGGAAAAAACCAGAGCUGACCGAGGAAUCCUUCUGCAAACCCAGGCACACAUAUCUGAAGUAAGAUGAUUUAUCAGAAAUUCUAUGUGGUGUUGUUACACUGGGAAUUUCUUUAUGUGAUAGCUGCACUUAACCUGGCAUAUCCAAUUUCUCCCUGGAGAUUUAAGUUGUUUUGUGCACCGCCAAAUACAACGGAUAGCUCCUUUCUUUCACCUGCUGGAAUCUCAAAGAAUGCUUCUGCUUUGAGUGGGGCCUAUGAAGCAGCUUUCGAAGCUAACUUGAAUGCAAGUAGUGUCUACGUUUCUGAGUUAUCCAAAACCAUUUUCCACUGUUGCUUUGGGAAUGACCGAGGUAAAAACUGCUCUGUGCUAGCUGGCAACACUGAAGGGAAGACACUGGCUUCAAUGGUAAAGGCCUUAACUUUUCACCAGCUAGGUGUAAACUGGGACAUAGAGUGCUGGAUGAAAGGGGACUUGACAUCAUUCGUCUGUCAUAUGGAGCCAUCCCUGAAGAGCCCCUUCAAGAGUUACGACUCUAAGGUCCACCUUUUUUAUGAUCUGCCUGAAGUCGUAGGUGAUUUGCCUCUGCCCCUCUUGAAAAACAGUUUUCAGACUGUCCAGUGCAACUGCAGUGUUCGGGAAUGUGACUGUCAUGUGCCAGUCCCAAGAGACAAACUCAACCACUCUCUUCUGAUGUAUUUGGAAAUGACGUCUGCCGGUGUGACCUUUCAGUCACCUCUAAUGUCAGUGCAGCCCAUGCUUGUCGUGAAGCCUGAUCCACCAUUAGGUUUGCAUAUGGAAAUCACAGACGAUGGUAACUUAAAGAUUUCUUGGGAUAGCCCAACAGUGCUACUGUUUCCACUUCAAUAUCAAGUCAAAUAUUUAGAGAAUUCUACAGUUAUAAGAGAGGCGGCUGAAGUUGUCUCAGCUCCAUCCCUGCUGCUACACAGUGUGCUUCCUGGGUCUUCAUACGAGGUUCAGGUGAGAACCAAGAGAUCGGACGGCUUAGGAGUCUGGAGUGACUGGAGUUUGCCUCGAGUCUUUACCACACAAGAUGUCGUGUACUUUCCACCCAAAAUCCUGACAAGUGUUGGAUCGAAUGCUUCCUUUCAUUGCAUCUACAAAAAUGAAAACCAAAUUAUUUCCUCAAAACAGAUAGUUUGGUGGAUGAAUCUAGCUGAGAAAAUCCCUGGAAUCCAGUAUAGCUCUAUGAAUGACCAUGUUAGCAAAGUUACUUUUUCCAACUUGAAAGCCACCAGACCUCGGGGGAAGUUUGCCUAUGACGCAGUGUACUGCUGCAGUGGGCAGGAAUGCCAUCACCGAUACGCCGAGUUAUAUGUGAUUGAUGUCAAUAUCAAUAUAUCAUGUGAAACUGAUGGGUACUUAACUAAAAUGACUUGCAGAUGGUCACCCAGCACAAUCCAAUCACUUGUGGGAAGCACUGUGCAGUUGAGGUAUCACAGGAGCAGCCUGUAUUGUUCCGAUAGACCAUCUAUUCAUCCUGCAUCUGAACCCAAAAGCUGCAUCUUACAGAGGGAUGGCUUUUAUGAAUGUGUUUUCCAGCCAAUUUUUCUAUUAUCUGGCUACACAAUGUGGAUCAGGAUCAACCAUUCUUUAGGUUCACUUGAGUCUCCACCAACAUGUGUCCUUCCUGACUCUGUAGUAAAACCACUGCCUCCAUCUAGUGUGAAAGCAGAGAUUACGAUAAACACUGGAUUAUUGAAGAUAUCUUGGGAGAAGCCUGUCUUUCCAGAGAAUAACCUUCAGUUCCAGAUUCGAUAUGGCUUAAAUGGAAAAGAAAUACAAUGGAAGGUACAUGAGGUAUUUGAUGCAAAAUCAAAGUCUGCCAGCCUGCCGGUGCUGGACCUCUGUGCAGUCUAUGUGGCCCAGGUGCGCUGCAGGCGCUUGGAUGGACUUGGGUACUGGAGCAAUUGGAGCAGGCCAGCCUACACGCUUGUCAUGGAUGUAAAAGUUCCUAUGAGAGGACCUGAAUUUUGGAGAAUAAUGAAUGGUGAUAUUACUAAAAAGGAGAGAAAUGUCACCUUGCUUUGGAAGCCCCUGAUGAAAAAUGACUCCCUGUGCAGCGUGAGGAGGUAUGUGGUGCAGCAUCGUACUGCCCACAAUGGGACGUGGUCAGAAGACGCGGGAGAUCAGACCAAUCUCACUUUCCUGUGGGCAGAGCAAGCACAUACUGUUACGGUUCUGGCCAUCAAUUCCAUUGGUGCUUCCCUUGCAAAUUUUAAUCUAACAUUUUCAUGGCCAAUGAGUAAAGUGAGUGCCGUGCAGUCACUCAGUGCUUACCCUCUGAGCAGCAGCUGUGUGAUCCUUUCCUGGACUCUGUCACCUGGUGAUUACAAUCUAAUCUACCUGAUUAUUGAAUGGAAGAAUCUUAAUGAAGAUGAUGGAAUCAAAUGGCUUAAAAUCCCUUCGAACGUUAAGAAGUAUUAUAUCCAUGAUAAUUUUAUUCCCAUUGAAAAAUAUCAAUUUAGUCUUUACCCAGUAUUUUUGGAAGGAGUUGGAAAACCAAAGAUAAUUAAUGGUUUCACCCAAGAUGAUAUGGACAAGCAACAGAAUGAUGCAGGGCUGUAUGUGAUUGUGCCCAUAAUUAUUUCCUCCUGUGUUCUACUGCUUGGAACAUUGUUAAUCUCACACCAGAGAAUGAAAAAGCUGUUUUGGGAAGAUGUCCCAAACCCCAAGAAUUGUUCCUGGGCACAAGGACUUAAUUUCCAAAAGCCUGAAACAUUUGAGCAUCUUUUUACCAAGCAUGCAGAAUCAGUGAUAUUUGGUCCUCUUCUUCUGGAGCCUGAACCCAUUUCAGAAGAAAUCAGUGUCGAUACGGCUUGGAAAAAUAAAGAUGAGAUGGUACCAGCAGCUAUGGUCUCGCUUCUUUUGACCACUCCAGACCCUGAAAGGGGAUCUAUUUGUAUUAGUGACCAGUGUAGCAGUGCUACCUUCUCUGGGGCUCCAAGCAUCCAGGUAACCUGUGAGGAUGAGUGUCAGAGACAACCCUCAGUUAAAUAUGCAACUCUGGUCAGUCACUCAAAGACAGCAGAAACUGAUGAAGAGCAAGGGCUUCCACAUAGUUCUGUCAGCAAGUGCAUCGCCAGUGGACACUCCCCGCUGGGAGAGUCUUUCCCUGGCAGCUCCUGGGAGAUAGAGGCCCAGGCGUUUUUCCUAUUAUCUGAUCAGCAAACCAACACGAUUUCACCACAACUUUCAUUUCCAGGGUUGGAUGAGCUUUUGGAGCUGGAAGGAAAUUUCCCUGAAGAAAAUCAAAGUGUAAAGUCUGUCUAUUAUUUAGGGGUUACCUCCAUCAAAAAAAGAGAGAAUGAUAUGUUUUUGACUGAUGAGUCAGGAGUAUUGUGCCCAUUCCCAGGCCACUGUCUGUUUAGUGACAUCAGAAUCCUCCAGGACAGUUGCUCACACUUUGUAGAAAAUAAUUUGAAUUUAGGAACCUCUGCUAAGAAGACCUUUGUACCUUACAUGCCACAAUUUCAAACCUGUUCCACUCACAGUCAUAAGAUAAUGGAGAAUAAGCUGUGUGACCUCACUGUGUAAUCUCAUUCAAGAAGCCUCCAGUUUUGUGUUCCAGUAGAGCGUAUCUAUGUGUAAUAUAUUCUCUUAAUGUUGUGGGUGUGGGAGACAAGUGUCAGAUUCUAGUUUGAAAAUGAAUGUUUCCAAAUUAAUUGUGUCUAUCUUCUCUCAGUAAUACAAAACAUAUAAGGAAGCCUUCUUGAGUAUAGCGAUAUAGAUGGACUCUUAUUGAAUACACUGCCAAGCCAUCACGGGGAGGUCUCUUUAUUUCUAGCUAAUAAUAAGCCCAGGAAGUAGGAUUUCUCUAAACAUCUAGCCUCUGUGGAAAGAAUAAAUUCCAACAUUAUAUCGUCACCUGAAAGGAAGUCUUCAAACUAAGAUCCCUAAGAUAUAAUUGUUUGUCUUACCUUGAAUCGUCUUGUGUUGUGCAAUUUUAAACUGACUAGGUAUCCUUGUGUGCUUUGGAAGUAUGUGACAUGCUUGUACUUUGUGCUGCCUGACUGUAUUAUUUGAAGUAUCACUCCAUUAAAUGUUGACUAUAAGCAGAGACUUGAACCCUACUCUAAGAAGUUACACUUUUGAAGAGGGUCAGGUUAGCUGAUCCUUUUGCAACAAAGCCAGAACCCAUGACAGAAGAUGAAAGCAACUGUUAGAAUGACAGUUUCAUCACCAGUGCUUUGAUGACAGCGUGAGCAGCUUUGAGAACAAGAUGCCAGCCUUGACUAAAGUUCACUGAAGCGAUUAUUUUCUGAUACAUUGCCAAAUGUCACUUCAUGGCCCUCUAGAAUCCCUCCCCAUCUCUUCUGGGAUGCUAUUUCUCCCCCCUGAGUAUCAUUACAUAAAAUAACCACUGGGCUUUACAGGUUGCAUACUUGCUUGCUGCAAUCAUUGUUCGAGGAGCAUGCUACACAUUCCCAUUGUAUAAUUAUCCCCUGUCAAGGAUGAGGCAAUAAUUAAGUCUUUUGCCCAAAGUCCCAGACUUAAUGAUUGAUGGAACCAGAAUUCAGAUUAGUUCACAUCAUUUUAAUACUAUUGAUUGAAUCUUAAACCCAGCUCUUACAUUGCCAUGUUUUAAAAUUAAAACAACUGAUACUAUCAAGGAAGACCCAGUGAGAGGAAACAGGGUGAUGGGUGAAUAAUUGAGACCUAGUCUUGUUGAAAAUUGGUAUGAGGUUGGACUUGAAAAUCGAUGUGGGUAUGUAUUAUUUAUUCCAUCGUUUGAUAUAGCAGGAUGAUUCAAAUACAUCUUAGAAAACAAGAAAUUAGGUUAAAAAAAACCCCACACAUUCAGGUGUUCAAUGUCAAGAAGAAUUCCUAAAAUAUCAGUAUCAUACAGGGAAUGCCAUUGUGUUCAACAGUAUGCGUAUGUAUGGCCAAACACCAUCAGCAUUUCAUACUUACCUGAGACUGGGUUGUUGAUUUCACCAUUCACUUAAGUAGAUCCCGCCAUGCCAUCUCUACCUCCAAUUAGAGCUUUAUGGAUGAGCAGGUCUAAGUGUUAAGAGAGACCCUGAUCCUAAUUAUAUUUUUCCAGGCUUUGUGUUCAGUGAAGCCAUCAUAUGACUUGAGUUAGUAAGAAGGUUCAGGAUCUCACCAUCAGCUGAUACUGGUUUUAUCAUGUGAAGAUAGAAGAUAAAAGAACACUAAUUGCUGUUCUCUGUAAUGACACGGGAAAAGUUUUGUUUCCACUGGUGUUCAGUAACAAAUUAUUACAUGUUGAAAUCGACCUGUCUAUCGCUUUUAAUAUUUGCCUAUUGGGUAGAGCCUAUUAAUUGUAGGUACAGUAUAGAAGACAUGGGAAAUUUAAACUGGAGAUUACCCACUGAGCACAUCCACUGUAAUGGCAUGGGCUUGGGCUUUCUGGGCCCAGAACAGUGUGUAAGAGAAACCGAUGGACAUUUUAAUCAGGUCAGGAGUGAAUCUUGUGUGACAGCCAUGGUGAAUUCACCAAUCAUUGGUCAAUAAGAUACUGCAGUUUUAAGAUAGAGACAUCUAAGCCGGGCGGUGGUGGCGCACGCCUUUAAUCCCAGCACUCGGGAGGCAGAGGCAGGCAGAUUUCUGUGCGUUCGAGGCCAGGCUGGACCGAGAGCCUCCGAAACAAUACAGAGAAACCCUGUCUCGUAAAAACCAAAAAAAAAAAAAAAAAAAAAAAAAAGAUAGAGACAUCUAGGGACAGCAUGUGAAUGGGAGCUCAUUUUUCUGUGCUGAGGUGAGUUUGCUUCUAAAAACAGAAAUUGCAUCAGAGAGACUGACUGACAUCUGCAGCCCCAGUCAGAACAGAGGCUGAACUGCAGGCUUUGGCCCGCAGGAUAAGACCAAGUUUAUUGCCAGCGACUUAGAUCCCGACUGCCACUAGCAAAAGUUUCUUAGUUUUUGUUUGUUUGUUUAGUUUUUUGUUGGUUUUUGUUUCUUGAGACAGGGUUUCUCUGUGUAGCCUGUCUUGGAAUACUUUAUAGACCAGGCUGGCCCCGAACUCACAGAGGUUCACUUGCCUCUGCCUCCCGAGUGCUGGGAUUACAAGCUAGCACCACCACCACCCAACCCACUUGUGAAAGUAAAUUUCAUUAUUGCUACAAGUUAGUCAUUGGGUCUUUGUGAUAAAGUUCCUCAGACAGAGGGAGAGCCUGGAUUUGGGGUUGGGAUUUCUACCCUUAGUCUUGACAGUUCUACAAUUCUUCUCAUCUUUUUCCAGUAAAAUUAACCCCUUUCUCGCAAAUGUCAAACCUAUGUUUACAUUCCUCCUGUAGUGGUGACUUUAGCUACCCAGAGCUGUGGGAAAAUAAGCUUUGGGCUAUAAGAACUGACAGGUGUGCACACAGAGAGCAUUGGUGGCAUCCUGCUGAAUGGAGAACUACUGCAUCUACACCUCUAUGUCACUUCCAGGGGAUGUGAGACACGUCUAGAAUCUGGUGAUCUGAAGAAGAUCUUUAUCUUUGUUCAUCUUCCGAGACUCAUCUUGACAGUCAUUUUAACCAACAUUCUGAAGUAAUUCCUGAGGAAACCCAGCCUCAAACUUUAAAGCACAUAAUUGAAGUGGCCCACUGUAGAGUGAUGAAGCUGAGACUGCAUGUGAGAAAGGCCUCAGUCUGGUUACACAGCAUGUGAGGGGCCCUUUGUGAGGGGGAUGUAACCCAGUCAGGAACUUUUACUCCCUUGAGCCUCUGGUUUGAAAUAGUAAAGUGCUUCUGCACUCAUCAUCAGUGGUGAGUGAGCCACUUAAAACACAACUGGUUACAACUGAGACACCCAUCGUGACAUGCAUUUGUAUGAGCCGAAGAAACAGAUUCCAUAGAUGGCGUUUAUAGUGAAUGAAUUAUUUUUAUAUGAAAUUGAUCAACAUUUAUUUUGGAAAGUUGCUUCUGAAAAUGUCUAUUUUUCAAAAUACACUGAGUAUGAGUAACUCUAAAUUUAAUCUUAUAAAGAUCUAUGUGGCUUUGUUGUAAGUAAAACAUUAUUUUAAAAAACGACCUGAGGAUGAAGUUGAAAGAUGUUUAAUUUUGUAGUGAGAUUUGUAUAUUGUACAUCUCCUACUUUUGGAACUUGUGUGUAAGUACUGGGCAAGGAAAUCUUUCUGUUUCAUGACAAUUUGUGUGAUAAUAAAUGUUUUAAACCUAA